UGAAAUCGUUGCUUGCAGGUCAUCGAUGCCUCCACAAAGAAGUGAAGCCAGGCUUUGAACACGCCGCCCCUUCAGCCUCACAAACACCUCCCUCCAAUAACGUGAACGCCUCCCAACCAAAACCUUGUCUCUUUAAUGUGGAAAAAGCAAACUCAGCCAUUUCUCCCAGCGGCUUCCCUUCAGAUAGACCUUGAUGUUCGGGAGGUCAAGCUGCUCCAGACGACCAUGGUCCAGUUCGAGGAGGUUCUGGGCUGCGUGCGCCUGGCUCUGACCUGGGCCGCCCCAGCCCAGAUCCGAGCUCUGCUGGAGGGUUUGGUGGAGCAGGAGAUCAUCUCGGAGGCCUACAGCAGGAGCCUGGCUCUGCAUCGACUCGCUGAAGGGAUCUGCAUUGACCGCGAGCCACCGUGUAGCCCAGGAACUCAGGACCACAGCCUGGAAAACCUGGAGUCGGUAUUUUUGCUGGACGAGUCCUGGACGUAUGGAUGCCAGCUCACUGACGGAUACAACCAGGACGAGGGGUGGGAAGCAGUAAUAGAUGAAGACUACCUCAGCAUCAGGUCCACACCGAGCGUGUGUGAAACACAGAGCAGCCGCGACGAUGAGAUGCCAGAAGUGCUGAGAAGUGCAGAUCCAAUGCAGAAGCCAGCAAGUGAUAGUGAAAGAGCCGAGGAGGGGAUUUCAGCCGCUGAGAGGGAGUGGUUAGAGCAGGUAGAGGAGGCAGCCCGGCGGGUGGCUGUGCCUCUGUGGCAGCACUGGGACCGAGGGCGAACGAUGCUGCUGCCUAUGCUUCCUUCUGCGCUCGCCGAACGCCAGACGAGUCAACGCUCACCCGCUGGAGAACAAUGCUGCCUUUUAAAGAUGGAAGAGGAAACGGGGCUUGCAGCAGCCUGCAGGUCGCUGGGUUUCUACACGGACAACUUCAGGGGGGUGAACGCAGACGCCUGCUCCUCGCUGGAUGCAGCUGAAACCACCCGGACGCCAGAAGACCUGUGCUUGUGUCCGGAUGGCGGCGCGGCGCUGCCCGGCCUGGACGCGGAUCCUUUCAGCGCCUUUGGGGGAGCAGGAAGUCCCUCACCGGUGGAGGACGGCGUGAAAACGAGCCCCAACGGCCUGGCAGACGAGCCGGAGGACCCUCUCCCCACAGCAGAGGAGCUGAUGAGCUGGAGCACAGAGGACGGAUUCACGCAGGUCGCAGAACUACUUUCGCCUUCUGCACUAAGAGACACUUUUACUAUUGCAACAGAGAGUUUAUGUUCUGCAACCACACACCACAGCGUGACGUCAGGCUUCACAGAAACUAUAGAAAAUGUCUUUCCAAGUGUUUUUGGCACAACACGGAGCAGCGCCGAUGCCCUGCCAGCCUCCCCUGACGGCACAGAGCAUGAGGAGAAGCUGGAGUCGCACUGGGGUGCCAAGAUGCAGGAAGAAGACCAGGACACUUUGCUCCCUACUGAAUAUGGAGAUCUGCCAGAUGAUAUAUCUGAAUUCAUGAAUGACAAAUAUCUGCUGGAAACAGACAGGCUCUUUGAAGACUUUUUUAACUACGACCUCGACAUCCUCAGUGAUCUGUGUCUGUCAGACUUGUCCAGUUUGAAUCACCAGCAGCGGGAGGACAACAAACCAGCACGCAACACAAACAAAAGGCGGAAGAGACAAAGAGCUGCUCCGUCAAAUCAGGGCAGCGAUGACAUCACACCACCAAAACCCAAAAGGCAGCGACCAGGUCGAUCAAACCCCAAAGAGGCACGGACUCAACAUGUUGUGACACACAACACUGAAGCAGGACCAGACCUGAGUCCGGUCAAAACGCCAGAACUCCCCACGCCUCCGCCCAGAAUCAUACACGUGUCUCCGCCCAUCCAGUUCAUCAUCCCAGACACGGCGGGCUGGAUCUCACCACAACUGAUCAGACUCCCAUUCCCACGAUCCGCUUCUGCACCUACUUACAUACUGGUUCCUGCUUCUCCACCUCCCUGCAAACCCCAGGUUCCUCCUCUGUCUCCAGUGGACGGCGCUGUGGCACCGGUGCACAUGAGCUCAUCCCCUCAGGGAUCAGCCACAGCCAGCAAAGCCAUAUCUCCACCGCCACUGUCUCCAAACAACGAGAUUUCCCCGUGUAAAGAAUCGCCCCAGUCUCCCUCUGUCCUCGAUUUGCCUCAAGCUACAAAGGACUACAUUCAGGACUCCAAAGCCCAUGUGGGCCGAACCUGCAUGGACAUGGAGGAGGGCCUGAGUCUGGCUGCUCAUUACGUGGACAGGCAUGUGAGCCAGAAAGAGGCCCUUCGCUCUGGGAAAAACACCAUCAAAUGUCUGGACAAGGAGUUGGUGAUCAUGGGGGAAACGGAUCGGCAGAGAAGCCUGAUCGGCCAGAGUCAGAUCUUUGACGGCUUCAAUGGAGACAAACCCAAACGCUACAUUUUUCUGUUUGGCAACGCCGGCAUGGGAAAAAGCACCCUGAUCAGGAAGCUGUGCCUGGAUUGGUCCAACGACUGCCUCCCACAGUUUGACUUUGUGUUCCUGCUGGACGGGAAGGCCCUCACCUUAACGGAGGCCGCCCACAGCCUUCAGACGCUGCUGCUCAACCUCUCCACCUUCGCCGCCCCCUGCGCGGAUGCCGACGCCGUGUUCGCUCAGAUUCUUGCAGCCCCCAAGCGCGUGCUCGUCAUUUUCGACGGGUUCGAUGAGCUGCGGGACUAUGAGAUUCUACUGCAGAACCAGGAGAAGGACGUGAUGAGCUCACUGCAGAAGGACAGCAGGGCCCCGACCUUCACCGUACGGCAGCUGUACGCCGCCGUUCUUCAGAGGGUCCUUCUUCCAGGCUGCACGCUCCUACUCUCCUCGCGCCCAAAAGGCACCGCCAGCCAGAUACUGCGACGGGCAGACAGCUUCCUGGAGGUGUGUGGCUUCACGCCCGCCGACGUGGAGACGUAUCUGUCGCGGUACUUCACUGACGCAGCCCUCAGAGCCUCUGCUUCGGGCUGCUUGAAAGACUGCAGCUUCCUGCGCCUCCUCUGUUGGAACCCGGGGCUGUGUCGCUUGGUGUGCUUUGUUUUAGAACACUCCAAAGGUCCCGAGGACCUGCCGAGAACUUUAACCGGCCUGUGCCAUCAAGUGCUCCGUCUAAAGAUAGAACUGGACUGCAGAAGCACAGCCUCCCCUGCAGGAGGUCAGACUCAGGAACCAGAACAAUCUGCUGAGGAAACUAAGAGUCAAAUCUCCACCAAAGCGCCUAAAAGGUCCAGAGCCCAACUUCACACACGGUCUCGCACCCAAAAAGCAAGAAGGACAAAAAAGCAGAAGGACAGUGAGGAGGCUGAAGGAGAGACAGAGGCUCCUGGAAGUGAGCUGGACAGAAAGGAGGAGAAGGAGCUGCUUGUGCAGCUGAGCUCGUUGGCGUGGGAGGGGGUCAAGGCCAACUCUUCCGUCCUCCCCAAAGACCGGACCGUGUCGGACCAACUCAGGGCCUUUGGCAUCAGGAUGGGGCUCCUCCUCUGUCGCCGCCUCGGGGCAAAAACAGCUGUGUUGAACGGUGAGAAGGAGGAAAAAAAGGAACUAGGAGGCAAGAAAGCAUUAACAGCAUCAACAGGAAGCACCGGCGCCAGAGACGAGCACAUUUUGCUGUGGGCCAACCCCUUCCUUCAGAGCUACCUGGCAGCGGCUCGGCUGUCGUUGUCAAGGUCCGUGUCGGAGCGCAGCUUCCUCCAGACGCUGCCUUUCCAGGCAGGUCCGAAGGGACGCCGGCGGCCUCAGCGGGAGGAGCACGAGCUCACGCAGCGCUUCGCCGCCGGCGUCCUGUUUCACAAGAAAGCGGAGCUGCAGCGGCUGCACUCCUACGCCGAGGGCGUCAAAGACACGCUGGUCAACAAGCAGGCUCUGGUAAGAAAACACCUGCAGAGUCUGUCCCACGGGGACCUGAGCCCGGCGCAGGUCCUGGAGGCGUGCCACUACGUGUACGAGGCCAGUUUCACGCACGGCGGCGACAGCGGGGACACCUCGCGGCUGCUCAGCGACCUGGCAGCCAAGCUGCCCGAGGCCCAGACCUUCUCCGGGGUUCCGCUCAACCCGCCGGACGUGUUCGCUGUGCAGAAAGUUCUCGAGAGAGGAGGAAGUGAGGGCAGACGUUUCUGCCUGGAUCUGGAGAAUUCUGGGGUCCAUGUUUCUGGACUCAGAGCUCUGGUGGGGCUCAGCAACAUCAGCACAUACAGGGCCUGCAUCGCUGACGUCAUCAGCCUGUGGGAGCAGCUGGAGCAGAGCGGCGACGACGCGCUCCUUCAAGGGGCCUUCUCCAAAUUCAAGAUCCACCCGCUGAAGGCCACGCAGGUCUGCCACGUGGAGCACCUGGCCAAGCUGGUCACCAUACACAGACAGAGGAGGCUGCCGAACAGCUCCGGCCAAUCACAUCCCAUCCUAGCGGAGGGAGUCCCAGCCGUGGAGGAGCUGCAUAGACUGGAGUAUGAGCUGGAUCCAGAUAAAGGUCCUCUUGGUUUACCAAAGCUGUGGGAGCUCCUGCCAGGUCUGCAGAACCUCCAGCACCUAGAUCUAGAGAACGGUAAUAUAGGCGACAAAGGGGCAGAACAGCUGGCUGAUGCUUUAGCCUCACAUUCCUCCCUGGAGAUACUCAAUCUGUCACAAAAUAGCAUAGGAGACCAUGGGGUGAAGAAAUUGGCAUCUACACUAAAGGACCUGCCCAAACUGCACUGUUUGAGCCUUUACAGUAACGUGAUUUCUGACCAAGGAGCGGAGAGUCUCGCUGCUGUCCUCCCACACAUGUCUUCUCUCACAGUGUUGGAUGUGCUGUACAACAAGCUGACGGAUGUCGGAGCUCAGGUCCUCGCAGCCUGUCUUAAAAACUGUAAAAAAAUUAAGCAUUUGAGAAUGUGGAACCAGUUCAUCCCUUACGGAGUGCUUGAGAGGCUCCACAAGCAGGACAGCCGCAUUCUUUGCGAAGCCACAUGAAACCUCUGGACCAACAGGCUGUGAACUGGUCCCUUCUCUGUUUACACUACGAACUACAUAAGUAAAACGUAUGCACUAUAAUAAACCAAAGGUGAAAGGAAUCUGCUGCUUUAGUGAACAGUUGAUCACCAAGGCAAUAAUGAAUUCUUCAGCAUUACACUGACCCCACAGCCGGCACUCAGGGAUGCGUGUGAUGCUCGAUACGCACAGUUGCACCAUGAUUGUAAGAGUUUGGUCAUUAUUCUGUGCUUUAUCUUUGCAUGGACUUAUCUGGCACUUUACUACUGAAGAUACAAGGUGUUAUGUUGGAUAUAUGUUCUCUUCUGACGCACCCCCACUAACCAUUUCAUGUUUGCUGAAUUUAUGUAUUAAAAGCUCUUUUUCACUUCCUUCUAA